AUGGAAAAAGGUAAGCCCAGAAUUAAAAGGAAGUCAAUUGACGAAAGUGAAAAGGAAGAACCAGAAAAGGUGAAACAAAAGUUACAAAAAGAACCUUUAAAAAAUUCAAAGAGGAAAUUGGAUACAGAUUCCAGGGAUGAACACCUAAGAAGUCUAACAUUGGAAGGUAGAAGGAGGAGUGGUAGCCUGGAUCUUUCAGAAGUCAGUAAAAGUAGUAGAAAUCCCAGCGAAGAAAGAGAAUUAGAAGGUUCUUCAACGUAUACAGAACAGAAAAGAGUAAAUCAUGGAUACACUCAUACAUCAGGGAGUUAUGAACACAAAAACACAAGACUUGUUGAAUCGAAAACUAAUUCUAACGAAUCCAGGGCAUCCAGAACAUUAUCCUCAGAACCUAAAAGAGGAGAAUUUUAUAGGAAUGUGCAAUCCCCGAGAGCAGACCAAAAGGUGUUGGAAAUGUUAGAAAACUUCGAGGAUGAAACUGACUUAACAUUGUUUAAGUUUGUAAGUUCAGUAGCAAAUGGAACUAUAAACCCAGUAACGUCUGUGGAUGCGCUGAGAACUAAGUUUCAUGGAGUGUGUAAAAAUUCAACCUUGGUUUUUAAGGUUCUGGACGUUGUUUCAUUCUUCCUGGACGACCCCAAGAAGAAGCAGAAUUUACUUCCAUUCCUAGAAUCUCUUGAGAGUUUUGGGUUAGUCUCGAGUAUGGAGAUAAUCUCAGUGAUAGACCCGGCAAAACUGGACAGCUGUAACUACUCAGAAGGUCUGGUAAAGAUUUCAAUAAGAGAAAGGACCAAGAACAAUUAUGUACUUAAGAUAUAUAAUCUGUUUAGAGAAAAUUACCACGGAUAUACAGCACUUUCAAAUUAUCUCUCAUCGCUAGUGGAUAAACAUGGUAGGAACGGAUUUAGAUUUGAUGUGGUCCAAAAAUCUAAUAAGAAACAAAGUACCCAGAAUAGAGUUAAAGAAUUGGACCCAGAUACUGUGGUAACAAUGGUAAAUAAGAUAAGUGGUAUGCAUAAACUAUGUCCAAUGCGUACAUUGUAUGAAGUGUUAAAGUGGCUAGUGUUAAAUAACCACUCAGAUGAGUUUGUAAUGAAAGUUCUCAAGAGUUAUCCCUCCAAGAAGGUUUCAUACGUAGUUCUCCUCUAUUUGAGAAAUAAUUAUCAGAACAAGGAUAGUCUGAUUUCAAGAUUAGGUAAAGAAGGAAAUAGUUCAGAAAAAGAAAAAUCUGAUAAAGAAAAACCGGAUAAGGAAAAGACUAGUGAUAAGGAAGUAAAUUUAGCAGGAUAUUCUAACGAUAAUAUAUAUAAAAUCUCUGGUUUGAUGGUAUCUGAAAAACUCUUGGACGUUAGUGAAGUUUAUAAUUACCUGGACCCUUCAGACGAGUUACUUACAAGUUUGUCAAACCACUUUUAUAAUAUUCUUAAAACUAGCCCAAAUAAGGAUACGAGGGAUAACUCAAGUGUUCCGGUACCUUUGUUGAAGAAAAUAGUAUCAUCGCAUUUAAAUUCUAAUUUUUUAAACUCAAAAACGAGUAGGGCACACCAAGUUAGUUCCCCUAGAAUGAAGGAUAAGGAACAGAUGAGCGCAAAGUUGGACAAGGAGAAUAAGUUGAGAAAAAUCAGUCAUACAAUGCUGGAAACCAUGGUGAACAAAUAUGAAUGCAAUGAUUUUUCAAUUCUGCUAAAGUUUGACAAUUAUCAUUACCUGAGGGAUUGUAUUUAUUCAAUGGAAUCUGGGAAAUUUUUAGUGCUCUCAACUCUUUUAAGUCAAUGUUCAGAUUUUGAAGGGGAGUUGUGGGAUGUCUGUUAUUCAUACAUUUUACACCUGUAUAGGCUUAAUUUUCCAAUAUUCCUUAAUACCACGGUGACACAAAACUUAACUCACAUUAUGAGUAAAGUGUUGAGUAAAUCAGAGCUUUAUCAGGCUGCAGCUGAAGGAAAUGGCUCCGAAGUUGAUUCAGUUAAAUUAACUCUUGAACUAUUGGAUAAGGAGUUGGUUGUAGUAAAAAAGUUGGAGUAUUAUUUUAAAUUAGUUGGGUUCAGAAGUAGUGAAAAUAUCAUACUUUUUAAUGGAAUUUUGAGUUAUUUGCACACACUACUCAGUCACCUGCUGAUAACACAAGUCGGUAAGGACAAGAAUGACAAAUGCGUAUUGGGGAAGAAAAUGAUUAAAAAGUUGAUUUACAGAUAUCAGAUAGGAUUUGGAGUAUUCUUAACCUUUUCACAACACUUGAAAGGUAUCAAAUAUACUCAAAAACGUUAG